AUGUCUCGUUCCCUGGAAGGAAAGCUCGGCAUCGUCACCGGCGCCUCUCGAGGCAUCGGCGUCGCCAUUGCCGAAAACCUCGCCUCCAAGGGCUGCAACCUCAUCUUGGGCUACACAUCCGCCUCCUCCAAGGCCCCCGCCGAACAAAUAGCCAGCGAGCUCCAGACCAAGCACAACAUCCAGGUCCUCGCCGUCCAGGCCGACAUGGGAACCCCCACCGGCCCCCGCUCCCUCGUCGAGACGUCCAAAGCCCACUUCCAAAAGGACGGCAAGUUCCAAGUCGACAUCCUCAUCAACAACGCCGGCGUCGCCCAGAACAACCUGCUCCCCUCCAUCACCGUCGACCAGUUCGACGUCUCCUACCGCGUCAACGUCCUCGGGCCCCUCCUCCUCGUCCAGGCCCUCCAGCCCUACCUCCCGCAGGACCGCAGCGGCCGCAUUGUCAACAUGUCCUCCGUCUCCUCCUCGGCCGGCUUCCCCGAGCAGAGCGUCUACGGCGGCACCAAGGCCGCGCUCGAAGCCAUGACCCGCACCUGGGCCCGCGAGCUCAGCGAGAACGCCACCGUCAACGCCGUCAACCCGGGACCCGUCCUGACGGAGAUGUACGCGGGUAACACGCCCGAGUUCAAGCGCUUCAUCAAGGGCUUCAUCGAGCACGCGCCGCUGAUGCGCGCGAGGAAGGGUAUUGACUCGGACGAGCUUGUGGCCGAGGCCGAGGAGGCUGGUGGUCGUCCUGCGUAUGUUGGCGAGAUUGCUGGUAUUGUGGGCAUGCUUGUCUCCGCGGAGUCGGCGUGGUGUACCGGCCAGGUUGUGUGUGCCAACGGCGGCAUGUUCUUCGGCAUGCAGUAG